GUUUGCACUGGCUUGCUAUUCUUCCUCGACAAUAUCGAGGUUGUUCAGCCUAUCGAGGUUAGCAUUCAGCAGUCACACGUGGCAUACUAAUCGGAGAGCUCACGCACUUACCUCGGUCUCGCAGCUGCUAGAGUAACCUCCGUCGCGCCAUUGCACUCGAACGGCGGUGCGAAGGCUACUCCAUUCGUCUACCCUAGAAAUGGCUGCUACUGCCGCGGCGAUUGUUGGUUCUAGACCAGAUGGCUAUUUGAUAGCCAUGAUCGCAGAUGAGGACACGAUAACGGGCUUCCUGCUGGCCGGAGUGGGCCACAUGGACGUGCGGCGACGGAAGAACUACCUCGUCGUCGACUCCAAAACUCCUGUUCGGCAGAUCGAGGAGGCGUUUAAGGAGUUCAGCAACAGGGAGGACGUGGCCGUCAUUCUCAUCAGCCAAUAUAUCGCCAACAUGAUCCGCUACAGCAUCGACAGCUACAACAAGCCCAUCCCUGCCGUCCUGGAGAUCCCCAGCAAGGAGCAUCCGUACGACCCCAACCAGGACUCCAUUCUGUCCCGCGUCAAGCACAUGUUCGCCUCCUCUGAGUCCGUCUCUGACUCCAGGGUGUGACAUGGCUCCCUGCCAUGGCCCUCACACCCCACCUGAGAAUGGUUCCCCUGGUCAGCAAACUCUGUCCUAGUCAGCCUGAAACCACCUACUGUAAUGCAGUCUGCACAGCUUAUCCUGUACACACGCUGUGUGCAGGUUUCUGGACGAUAUUCCCAUCUGCUAGUUGCUUACUGAUUUGUUGCUCAACCGGUUCAGUUGAUGUGUCUGCGGUGAAGAAGCCUGUACAUUAUUCCAUAGAUAC